CCGUGCAUCCUUCUGCAUUUACUUACCUGUGUUUAACAAGCCUGCACCUUCAAAUAAUUCAACUUUCUGCUGUUUUAUUUAACCCAGCAAUGAUUAGGGCUCUGAGGACCUGAGCACACUGCCCUCGGUCGGUUGAGAUUUUCACUGCAUGCGGGUAGAGCAGUAAAGCAGCGCUCUCUGGCUCCUCUCAUCUCAUUCUCUAGAAGAUGGCGGACUGCGCUUCACUGUUAGAUGAGGAGCUCUCUUCAUUUGUCUUCAAUUACUUAACUGAAAACUCUGGAAGCCAGUAUGGGGAAGAGGAGGUCUGCUCAGACCGCCUGGAUGCUGACUUCCCUGACUUUGACCUCUCGCAGCUGGACGCCAGUGAUUUUGACUCAGUGAACUGCCUCAGUGAGCUGCAUUGGUGCAAUGAGCAAUCAGAUCACUCCCCUGCCUCCAUACAGUACAGCGCUGGAGAUCCAGAGCUAUUCGAGGAAGAAAAUGCGGCCCUGCUCGCUGCCCUCACAGACAGCCUGGACGGCAUUGUUGAGGACGGAGUCGGGGGUCUGUCUGUGUUCCCUUCCCUGGGGGACGAACCUGAGGAGGGCGAAGAGGAGGAAGAUGACCUCCCUAUGGAGAGUGAGCCCCUCCCUGGCUCAAUGAGCCCAGAGACAGAAGACCCAUCUCUACUGAAAAAGCUCCUGUUGACACCCCCUAAUGUGCCUGCGGGCCUCGAGUCACACAAAGACGGUGGCGUUCAUCGUCAUAGCAGUAGGAACCAGCAUGUCAAGCCCCUGAGGCCCAUGCUAAAGAAGGACAAAUCAAGCACACAGGAGCGUAAGCCACGGCCAGUGAGGCCCAGCGGUCGUCUUUGCACUGAACUCCACCGUCACCUCACUACUGCACGGGACAACGAGGACACACCAUCAGCCGACACUGAGGAAGAAGAAGAGGAAGAGGACAGCGAGUCAGAAGAAGAAGAGGAAGAAGAGUCAUCCAGCAGCGAGGGGGAAAGCGUAGUUUGCAUCGAGCCAGCAAAGCCUCAAUUCUCCUCCGAAAAAGAACUGCACUCUGUAGUCGAGCUCAUCAAAUACAUGCACACGUACUGCCUGCCCGUACGCAAACAGGCUAGCUGGGAUCGCAAAGAGCGCGAGGCGUUAGCACGGAAAGCCAAACCUGAGCACUCACAGGUCCCUCGACCCCCUCCGACCUCUCAGAAACCUACUUCUCAGACCAGGCCCAGGGUGCCGUUCUGUCGCCGUAGGGAAAUCAAGGCUCAUUCACUGCUUAAGGAGCUUUUAGAGGCCGUCAGCUCGUUUGAUGUUAGCAAGCCUUAUAGGAUGCACAGCCCUCCUUAUAUUCACAGCAGAGGAGCUGCCAUUCGGCCCACUGUUGACGUUUCUUCUUCUCCUCCACGGCAGCCCAAAGCUGAACCUAAAGACUCAGACUGUGAGAGUUGGCAAAAGGCCGCAAAGAGGCCUAAAAGCCCGGAGCCAGAGGAAGGGUCGUUUUCUGUCAGGCGCUCACGUCGACUGGCUUCUUUUCCUAGCCGGUUUGCUAAGAGGGUUCGUGUUAGCUGUGGCCGGACGGAGCAAUGCAGCGAAGAGGAGAUUACGGUCAAACAUCCUCCCACUGACACUGAAAGCAGCCAGAAGAGCAGCUCCUACAAGCCUUCUGAGACCCAUAAUAACCCAUGCUGCAGUGACGAGAAACGCUCCUGCCUCUGUCUGCCGCUGGCAUCCAAAUCCAACGGAGACAUGCAGUACGCCAACAAGCCCUUUGAGCAGACUCUCUGUAUGGAACUGUGUGGCACAGCAGGCCUGACUCCCCCCACCACACCUCCCCAUAAACCAGUGGAAGAUGAGCUCUUCAAACCCGACGCAAAAGCGGAUCUCAGCAACAAAAGCUCAUGUCUGACGCGGGCACAUAUGCGCAAACUCCCUGAACAGACAGAACUGUAUGCCCAGCUGCGCCGCAUGGGUCAAACGGGGGAUGUAGACUCUAAGGGUGGGACCCAACGUGCUUAUGGGGACCAUGAUUACUGCCUGAUGGGGCUGGGAGAGAGUCGUAAGACUACAGCAAUGCUAAAUGGCUCUCAGUGCCACGUGGAAGUGAAAGAGAAAGAUGAAGAGGAGGAAAUGGAGAUGGAUGUGGAGAAAGAAGAGAUGGAGGAAGAGGAUGAGGAGGAGGAGGGGGUAUUAACAGACUGCCAGCAAAGGACUGAGGUCGAUUCUCUGGUUGAGCUGCCCAGUACAGAGGAGACCAGUGAACCCUCACCUGUCCGAUCUCCAACCCCAGAGCUAGACGCCGAGUCGCCAGUGUCCUGUUCACCGCCUUCCCCCAGCUGCAAACUCUCCUUCAGCGAUGAAAGCUCAGAGACAUGUCAUGGAGCAAACGAAAAAAGGAGCAAGUCAAAGUGUGGACAGGAAAAUGAUGGGAACAAGUGCCAAGUGAUCUACAUUCACAACCUUCCAAGCAGUGUGACUCAGACCAUGCUGCGCAAGCGCUUUGAGGCCUUCGGCCGUCCAGAGGAUUGUAAAGUGGUCAUCAAAAAAGAGGAACGUUGUGGAGUGAUCACACUGAGGCACACUCAGAACGGCCAGACCUCACGGCACAGGUGGGAUUUGCUCGGUCCGAGUGGCGGAAACGGCAGUCGACGGUUUGGCAGAAAGCGUUACAUAGAUCUGGAUGAGGCAGGUCCAGGUCCAGUGAAGAGCAAGUAUGAUGCACUGGACUUUGAUGCUCUGCUGAAAGAAGCCCAGAGGAGCCUGCAUCGCUGACUCGCCUUACCACGCCUCCAGUUUCACGCCCCGUCCGGGACUCGCCUCAGCACCUCAACCAAGGCACUUCUUCAUGUUUACAUUUUGAACAUUGGAAUAAAAAAGAUAUAUAUAUAUAUAGACCUUGUCACUUCUAACUGAGGAUCGGAGGACAUUUGGGGGGCAGGAGGAUUACAAAUGAACAGCUCUGAGACACCGGACACAAGUGCUGCUUUUCUUGUGUGUUUGAUGCCAUUCAUGACGUUGCGAGCGGCUCGGGCUUCGUAGCAAACCGCACUCUUUUCCAUUGGUUGUUGUGACGUGUGUGUGUUCUACUUUAUUUUUUAUUAUUUGUACCCCUUUGUCACUCUUCAUAGACCCGCAAGGUGCUUUCACCAUUUUGUCGUACAGAUAUUUAAACAAUAACUGCUUUGUAUUAGCGAAACUAUGUGGAUGUUCAACUCUGUGUGUGCGUGUGUGUGUCGCCAUGAAAAGUGGAUUUAAAAGAAAAACAACAAACAAAAAAAAUCCUACAAGGUAGAGUUUACAAAUCAAAAAGUCAAGAAAAAAAGUAGUCUUUUUGUAAUUUUAGUGCUUCCUUAAUUUCAUCUAUGCACUCAAACGAGGUAGUGCUUCUUUGGUCUGGCUUCUGCCUUCCUCUUGGUAUGUUGAAGGGGCUUUAGCUGCUGGGUUGUCAGACACAAACGAGUCCAACCCAGACUGUGCUACUUUGAAGUGGAAGUUGUAAUGUUUUAAUUCCUUAUUCCAGCUUAAAUUGGGGUGACAAGGGUUGAAAUUAUUUAUUUGACCAUUGCUCUGUUUGUUUGGGCAACCAGACAAAGCUAGUUAUGAGAGUAUGUGGCACUGAUUUUUUGGGCCAAUUUGUGGUGCAGAAAAAACACAUUUCACCUUUAACUUAUCUGCUUCUGUCUUUUUGGAAGGACAAAAAGCAACCCAAUCCAAUGUCAAAUAAUCAUCAAACUUCAAAACUGGUAGAAUAUGUCAAUCAGUUGUAAUGGUGCAGUCAUAUUUACAGUUACUUGGUGAAAUUUCUGUCAUUUUCAUUCUAAUUGUUCAGAAGGAAAAACAAAGUCCUGAUAUAUUUACACCAAUAGUUCUUUUCUGUUAUUCAUUUAGGUGUAAAAAUGAUUUACUGUUGUAAACCUCCCCAUAAAGUAAAUGACAUUUCUUAAAGCAACUUUAAUGUUAAUUGGUGCUACAUUUUCCUGCCAUUAACAUAAUAAACACUUACCAAAAUCCAUGCCAAAGGAGGCGGAGCCCCAGAACAUAGCCAUUUAUUGAACAUAUUGAUCCAAUGCUAGUUCAAAGUGUCUUCAGGAAAGUUCACUUUAGCAAACUGCCUAAAACUCAUAAAACAUACAUCAUUUUGGCUUAAUUUUGCUCAAAUGAGUUUGUUUUGUAAUUUUACCCUUGCCCUACAUAGAUUUAAUUCCCUUUUUUGUGUCAUUGGCCCAAUCCAUUGGUAAUUCAAGCAGGGUUAGCAUUGCCAAGAUGCUUCACACUAAAAAAAACACUUCAAACCAUUAAAUUAUUAAUUAUAAAAUAGUUUUGAACUAUAAAUUACAAAAAACAUUAGUUAUUCAAUUAUCGACCAAUGUUCCGCACAGAUUUUGUUGCCCCAAAGCACACCUUCAUAGUCCCAUCGCCCAGGACCAACGGUAGCUUGACUUGUUUAAUCAAGCCGUUUUAAAAUAAUAUUCAAAAUAAGCCUUGUUUCGUUCUAAAGUGUCACAAGUUUGUUGAUUUUGCUUGAAGAAUAUUUCUAUACUCAAAUUUGAUUCCAGCUUAAUUUAGUCCUGUGAAUUCACCGCACUUUCCAACAGAAAGUCAGUACGCAAUGAUUGAAAUCUCGCCAAAAUUCCCACUACUGUGACCGCACCUUACUUCUCAGCCAGUUGGUUUUGACUUGAAAGCACAGUCAUGUGGUUGGACUCCUCCAGUAGCUUUGCCCUCACACACCUCCAGGUGGUCCCGCACUGAAGCACUCCUAUCGGCGGUUGAGAGAAGGGUGGCGGUAAACUAGGAGGAAGAUCUUUCCAGAGCUCAAUCUCAUUAGAGACGUGGUCGCGUCUCUACUUUGUUUACAUGUCACUCUCUCAUCCUCUUUCUCUCUCUCUAAGCUCAAACACUUUUUUUUACUCUCUCCUUUCUGACGGGGGGGAAGAUCUGCGGGUUUUUUCUAGCUCUUACCUUGUGGCUACUGCUCUAUUUGUCUUUUGUGUGUGUGUUUUUUGAAGUCUAAACAUGUACCAGUGUAUAACUGCGUGUCGUCUGUGUCUUUUACGGGGUCUAGGGAUGGGUCCGUCCCUUAUUAUUAUUGUUAUUAUACGCUGGGACCCGUUGCUUUUAUUCUACAGGGUCUCCCUGUGGAUCUAGUGCAGUUGUGAGCGAGAGUGUGCGCAUGUAUGGUUUAGAGAUGGCCGCCGGGUUUCUCUUUACCCUCCCCUUUAUCCAGAAACACGCACCCCUAACCUGAAUGUUUACAUGACUGAAAUCUCUUUCGACUUUUAUUAGAGCGCACACUAAGUACAGAACGCCUUAUUCAGUGUUAAAGUACCCUAUCAGGACGUUUCCCUUUUACGGUACCGAGCUGUUACCUUGACACGGACUCUGAACACUGACCAAUUUGCCCGUUAAGAUCUUGAGAAAACAAACUGAAUGAGUGUUUGUGCUUAGUAUGUAUACUACUAAACAAGCAAGAGAUGUGCUGGUUUACAUGAUUAUAUAUAUAUAUAUAUAUACAUAUAUAUAGAGAGAGAGAGACGUAUAUAAUGUGUAUAUAGCACUGUGUCUUGUGUAAACAUGAGAUGUAUGGUUAUGUGCUGUACAGCGACGUGGUAACGUGUGGUUUAAAGGGUGGAUCUGAUUGGUUUGUUGGUGAACCCCAUGAUGCAGCGUUAAGCAAUACAGGGAAAUCCAGAAGGGAACUUUCGUUGAAAUGGCUUCAUAAGUCAAACACAGUUAUAUAUAUAUAUAUAUGAAGUGUCUCUUUAGAAAUGGUUCUUUUUAAUGACUUUAAUGUGUUUUUCGUUUUAUGCAAUUGAGAUGCAAUACCGCUUAAGAGAUCAAAGUGAGCCUUUCUCACUGAAGAGACUGGUCGUUUUAGGGGAAAUUGGAUCCUGUACUGUAUGGUGUUGUAGACAGCUCAGAUGGUUCGAAAAACAGAAGGUCGACGGUUAAAACCGCUGACUUUCAUUAGGAAAAUACACAGACAGCCCAAUCUCACAAGGAGAGCCUUAAACCCUAGGGGGAAAACAAAGCUAUCAAUCCUAUCUGAUCUCCUUUACAAUCCAAUGUGUUUUCUUUACUGAAGUGAGUAAACUUUUUUCAAUACAGCCAUAUUAUAAAAGGUAUAUACAUAUAUAUAUGAUUAUAUAUAUAUACAUAUAUAUUUGUGUGUUUGUGUAGAUAAAUAUAUAGAUGAUAUAAUUUGUUAUAGAUCAUUUUAUUCAGUGUUUCAGAACACUUCAAUACAUUUCAGCACUGUCAAUCUAGAAUGUACAGAUCCAAAUUAAAAAUAAUAAUAAUAAUAAUAAAAAAAUACUUCCAAAGGGAACCUUCUUCAAUGCAAUACAUUUUUCCAGCCCUCAUUUUAGCAAUCGCUAGACAAGUUGACCAAAAAGUACAUUUGAUGUUUGGAUACUGGAGAAGCGUGUGGUAUCACAUCAAAUCCAUUUCACGAAUGUCAUGAUUGUUUGGCUUGAUCCUGCGCGUACGAGUGCGUGAGAGAGAGAAUGAGUAAAAGGGCGCAUGUGAUUUCUUCCUUUUUUAUUUUAGUUCAUACAAAAUGUCACUUCUAUUUCACUACAUAUACAGCCCUGAAGUUUGUUGUUAACAAAGUACAAGCUCUUGCAAGAUUGAAGAGAGUUUUCUGCUCGAAUCAGAUUCUGGGAAAGUUUAUAUCGUCUGUGCUAAACAUUGGAUCCUUUUUUUUAUCAAGAAGCGGAUCUAGCAUCUGUGUCAUUACGGUGCCAGAGCAUCAGUUAAUGAAUCGCACAUCUAUGUCGCAUUGUUUUGCUGCUUUAAGACCUUGUCUUUUGUGGAAACAAAAUCUGAGUCAAAGGGCAUACAUUGUUUUCUUCAUUGACUUGUUUAUGAUUUCGUUUUUUGAGUAUUUACAUCUAAUGACUAUCAAAUUCGCUUUGAUUUUCCUUUUUUUAACGUAGUUUUUUGGUAAAUACUGAUAGUAAGAUUUUAUAUUUUUACAUAUAUUGGUUUUGAGUUGUUGUUGUUUUUUUAUUUAUAUGCCACUUAGUUUGGAUGUCUUGAAAUGGUGUUGGUUUUAUUUUCUUUCUUUUUUUUUUCUCUCUGUAUCGUGUGAUUUUCAUACAUCAUGAGAAUGUGGAGACAAAUGCAUUUCAGUAUUUUUAAAUUGUUAAAAUCUAGUUUCCUAGAUCAAAUCUAUAUAGUGGAAAUUAUUUGAUGUCAUAAAUUAUAUUUUAAUUCAUGUAAAUAGUUUUAAAAAAAAAGAUGAUGGCUUCCUUUUAAACUGAACACAUUUCUCUUCUGAGAUUGUUUACAUUAUUAAACUGUAGAAACUGAUCCUCCUAUACUGUAAAAAAACAACAACAAAAAAAAGUACAUAUAUUCAUUGUUUUGCCUCCAAAAAAAUAAAAUCCAUAAUGAACAAUAUUCAACUUUGUAUUGAAUUCAUGUGUUUGCUGACCAUUUAUACCAGAAAUAUACAGUGGAGAUCAAAAUUAGAGACUGUUUUGAACAGCAUUUUUCAGUAAUAAAAAUCUGAAGGAAUUUAUGGGAAAUACCAUGCUAAAAUAUAUUAAGGUUACUGAUGUCCCAAUGUAGUUAAAAGUGUACAGGCCCUUGUUUUAAAUAAAAAAGCAAAACUCUGACCGU